CUGUCAUUCGUUUUUCUUGAAACGGGCGAAAUGUCUGAUACAACCGGUGAUAAUUCAAAACCACGAGUUUUAAUACUAGGAGGAUGCGGCUUCAUCGGGCGGAACUUGGUAGAUUACUUGAUAAGGAACGAUCUGGUUAGCGGGCUUCGUGUUGUGGACAAGACCCCGCCUCAACUGGCUUUCCUGAACCCUACACAUUCUAAAACAUUUGAGGACCCCCGCGUUGAAUACAAAAGCGCAAAUUUAAUUAAUCAGACUUCUUGCGCAUCAGCGUUAGAUCCAGGAGACGACGCGCCAUGGGGGCUGGUAGUGAAUUGUGCGAGCGAAACUCGCGGAGGUCAGACCGAGGCGGUUUAUGCGGAAGGAAUCGUCACCCUAAGCCUGAACGUGGCCAAGCACUGCGCCAGGAUGAAGGUACCAAGGCUGGUUGAGAUCUCAAGUGGACAGAUGUGCAGCAGUGAUAAGCCCCAAAAGGAAGAUUGCUCAAUCGACCCUUGGACGAUCGAAGGUCGGAUGAAGAGCAAAGUGGAACAAGAACUGAAAAACAUGGAGGACCUGAACUACACCAUCAUAAGGCCCGCUAUUGUGUACGGAAUCGGAGACAGAAGAAGUUUGACACCCCGUCUCCUCUACGGUGGAAUUUACAAGCAUUUAGGCGAAACAAUGAAACUCCUUUGGACUGGCGAUCUGAAAAUGAACACGGUACAUGUCCGCGACGUUUGCCGUGCCAUUUGGACUCUCGGGACCAGUCCUCAGGCCAACAAGCAGAUCUAUAACUUGGUCGACGAAGGGAACAGCACUCAGGGUACAUUGGCCGAGCACGUCUCUGACAUAUUCAAAAUCAAUCAUGAUUACUAUGGAACCGCUAUUUCUACUUUGGCUAAGAACGACAUAGCGUCCGUGGCGGAGGAAGCCAACGACAAACACCUGACCGCGUGGGCGGACAUCUGCCGCAAGUACUCCCUCCAGCACACGCCCCUCGAGCCCAGCGCCGGGGUGGAACUGCUCCUCAACAAGCAGCUCUGCCUGGACGGGACCAAGCUGCGCGCGCUGAUGCAACUAGACGUGCCCAGACCUACCGCCGAACUGUUCAGAGAGGUUUUAGAAGACUAUGCUUCGAUGCAACUCUUCCCCAAGGAACUUUUACUAUGACUGCGCAAUUAAAAAUCCAUACGUAUUUUUAACAUUUCGUACGUCAACUAUGAAUAAUUGAUUUUUAUAAAUAUUUGAUUUCAUUUAGCGUUUACAGAAGUCGGUGUUUUUAAUUUUAAGCUUUCGUUUCGCUUUAGCCUAUAUUUAAUAUUCGCUAGUAAAAAACAAAAAAAGUUUUUCGGACACAAUGUAUAAAUACCCUUCGUUUGCUUCACAUUAAAAAUAAAAAUAUUUUAACAUUAUUUAAAAAAAAAAAAAACAUUCCAUUCAUAAUUUCGCGUUUGCCUUCAGUAUUACGGUUCGAUAUUUUGAAAUUGAGUCAUACUUGAAAUUCUUAUUGAGAUGCGCCUAACCUUAUUACCACCGGUUUAACGGUGUAAGGAUUCAAAGAGAAUUGAAAGAUACAAAAUGACGUAUAACUGUAGAAUGUCCACACGUUGUGAUUUUGGUCGGACGUUGUCUGUGCGCUGCGGUGGCCACUUACACAUGAACAAUGAAUUUGAAGAAUAAUUUCGAUGGAGAAAAAAACAAAAAAAGAGUGAUUUUUUUGGUGUCCAAUGCGCGCUUUACAUUGAAGCUUAGAAAUCGAGGUUAUUUUAACCUAAAAAAAAUCAAAAGCUUUUCUAUAUAGGUACGAAGGGAACAUUAACGUGUGUCUUGUUCGAUUUUAUAAAAGUCGUUUAAUGAAAUAAAGUCUCUCUCUCGGACUCAGGGUCUUUGAGAAGUUCCCUUUUCGAUAAGGUUUUUUUUUUGAUACGAACUUAGAUAGAGAUGUAACUGAACGCAUAGUCGAAUGAGUUGAAUGUUCGAAAACAAUACCUUUUAAUGAAGUAGCACCUUCUGUGAACUGGCUUAGUCAUGUUAAUAGUGUUUGACAUUGUUAAUGACGGAUGCGGUUAAGUUCUACAUCGCCCGCUCGUCUGCCAAUAUAGACGGAAACAAAUUAACUGGAAAAUAAUUCGUACUAAGUGCGAUUGGACAAAAUCGAAUAAAAAUUUAGAGGUUAAUUAAUUUUAAAUUGUCAAAUAUUACAUUCACUAAGUGUGUGGGACUGUUUUAGAACACAAAGAACAAUCAUCGAAAGGAAGUUAAUGCUCAUUUUAUUGUAGAUGUUUUGUAUCGCAGCACGCAAUGUAACGGUAACAACUGAGGUGCGCCAGGUCAACGAACUUUUCGUAAUACAUGUACGAAGAUAUCAUGUCCUACUAGAUUGUCUGUUAGAAAACUUGGCAAAUUGAACUUUAUUCCUAGUUCACCUUUAGGUAGUAGUAGUACGCUUCGAAACUAGGAAUGGGUAAGUGAGAGCCAGGAAAAAAAAAAUAUAUAUAUAAAAAUAUUUAUUCGACGAACAUUGAUGUUUUACAACGAGAUAAAAUCUUAGACAAUUUUGAUGCUCUUUUAAAAAAAAAAGGCGGACACCUGUGACAUUUCUUUCGCCGGUUACUAAUGAAUGAUACUGCAUUAAGAAAAACAAUUUUCACUUAAUAUUCUUAGAGCUUUCAAAAAAUUUCGCUAAUAAACAGCCCAAUAUUAUAUAAAUUGCAUCAGAAAUUCUGUAAGUACUAAAAUAUGAUUUUUACAACACCGGAAACAACUAAUGCAAAAUUAUGUUUAAUUUGAUGUUAUAACACUUACUCAUAAUUA